GCCGCCAUUUUAGUGAGCCUGCGGCGGUGCAUACAGUUUAUUGUUUUUUUUUUCUGUGGGACGGAAUGUUGCUCACGUUUUAACUGACUAGGACCUUUAGAGAGAUGAUGUAGCAAGAUGGCUACAAGUGGUUUUAGAAUUAAACAGUAAUUGGAUUCGAACCCGGCUCCGCUGUGUGGCUUUAAACAAAUCACCUCUCCGAGCUCUCGUGUUCUCAGUAAAACAAAAAUCUCUAGCCGACAGAGCCAGCGCCCACGGCCCGGGCGCCAUGAGCGGCCUCUUAGGGCGCGCCGCGCUGAGGGGGCUGUUGUGCGGCCCGCGGGCCGGGGUCCCCAGCCUGCUCGUGCGCCCCAGCUCCGGGGAGCCCCCCUGGGCCCGGGAGCGGACCCUGGUGACCGUGAAGCCCGACGGGGUGCGGCGCCGGCUCGUAGGCGAGGUGAUUCGGCGUUUUGAGAGGAGGGGCUUCAAGCUGGUGGGGCUGAAGAUGCUGCAGGCGUCAGAGAGCGUCCUGGCCGAGCACUACCAGCACCAUCGGGAGGAGCCCUUCUACCCGGCCCUCCUCAGCCACAUGCGCUCGGGCCCCGUGGUGGCCAUGGUCUGGGAGGGCCCCAACGUGGUCGGCACCUCCAGGGCCAUGAUCGGACUCACCGACUCGGCUGAGGCCGCCCCCGGCACCAUCCGAGGAGACUUCAGCCUCCACAUCAGAAGGAACGUCAUCCACGCCAGCGACUCCGUGGAGGGGGCCCAGCGGGAGAUCCGGCUGUGGUUCCAGAGCAGUGAGCUGGUGGACUGGGCAGACGAAGGCCACCGCAGCAGCCUCUACCCGGCCUGAGCCCCGGGCUGCCCAGCGUCCCCCAGGACCACUGCCUCCGUCCGCCCACCCCUGCGCUCUGCCCCACACCACCUCCCCGGUCCCCUGCUGCCUCAGCCCAGAGCAGUUGAGCCAACUUUAUGUGCCUUUUGGUAUCUGACCUAAACCAUCGAGAGAUUGGACCAAAUCCUUUCCGUACCAAAUGCCAGACCAAUUUUGGAGUAUUUCCAAAAGUGGGUAGUUAUACCUCCCCUCCCCAAAAGGGGAGACAUUAAAACUCAUUGUGCUGUGCAACAACAACAACAAAGUAUCUGGCUAACAGACCUUAGGAAAAAUUAAAUGAGAGAAUAGCUUAGAAUACAACUUGACAAGUAGCAGCCAGUGGGUAAGCGGCAGUUGUUUUAAGAUUAAAUAC